UUUCCACUUCCGGGUUAGUUAUGUAUUUCGAAGAUGGGGAGUCUUACUUCUUUCCCUCCAGAAUUACUGGCUCACAUUCUGUCCUUUCUUCCCGGGAAAGAUUUGGCAACUGCUGCUAAAGUCUGCAAAGCCUUCCACGAAGCGUCGAAGGUGGAUUUUGUCUGGCAAAGAUGUAUACAUAGAGAAUUUGGCGUGUCCUGUAAUUCCAGUUUAUCUCCAAGAGAGGUCUACACAAAGCUGCUACACAACUAUGGGUUUCUACUUGGAACAUGGCAGAUAGAAAUCAAACCUUAUGGAGGUCUGGUCCAUGUUAAGUUUGAAAAUAACAAGUUGCUGGGACUGCAGUAUGGUGCCCCCCACGAUCCACAUGUGGAAUGGCCCAUGAUGGUGAAAGAACUCUUCCAUGUGAUGCUUGAUGAAGAGGGAAAUACCACUAUCAGCUGUCUACAGGGUCCGCAGGGUCCUCAUAAAGGGCAGAUCCCCUUAUUGAAUGCCAGCGCGGCAAGGUUCAUGUCGAAAUGCUGCUGCCCAGACUUACACAGACAUCCACAGGGUAGGGAGCGGGAGUUUUUGGAAUGGUGUCGGGAGGAGAUGGGCAUGUCUGAGGAAGAUAUCAUGUUUCAGCACAUGCAGGAGCUGCUCUUCAUGAAGUUCAUGAUCAUCAACCAGUACCAGUUCUGCUAUGUGUACAAAAAGCUGACCAUACCCCCCCACCUACCGGAUCAGCUGGUUGCGCCUGGUCUGUUCAAGGGCACGUAUGGAAGUCACGGGUUGGAGGUCGUGUUACUAACUUACGACAGGAACUAUAUCCACUGCAAGAAAAUCACGGGUGACCCAAACGUGCCAGCCUCUCAGCUCAGUGUUCUGGUGGACACGAAGAAGCCUCUAAUUUUGGAUGAAGAACAACAGGUGGACCCGGCAGAGUUAGCACGAGCCACAGAGGAAGCUGACAAGGAAGAGGAAGAGACGAAUGGAAACAGUGCCAGCUGCAAUACCAACCAACCUCAGGAAGGUGGCGCUUCUGGGUCAGACCACAACGUAUCCCAGCAGCACCUUCCUCAAAGUCAGCCAUUUGCUAUCCCAGAAGGCUUCAGAGAGAGGGGAAUCAACUACCCCAAAACCUGCAAAAUGAGGUUUUGUGGAACAGGGCUGAUUGCUGGCCAUGGUUUCACCAGUCCAAGCAGAACUCCAGGUCAUUUUGUCGUGUUUGACAACAACAACUUUGGCUUCCUUUGGCUGGAGCUGAGAUCUCUGUCAGUCUACAGUCGAGUCAUGGAAAACCUGGACUGAAGUCACAUCAGUA